AUGAUUAUGUUUCCUCAUUUUGGGAAGAUUUCUCUGGAUUUGAUAUUUGUCACGAUAGAAGGAAACCUUACAUCAUUAACAGCACAAACCUACAUGUCUUUAGAAGAUAUCCAAGAACCCAAGAGUGCAGUUCCUUUUUUCCUGACUGACUCAGAAUCCACAGAUACUUCUCUUUCUACUGAAAAGAAACUACCUCUGGACCACAGAGAAACUGAGAAACAGUGGUUGCUGAGAAGACGACGAUCUAUUCUGCUUCCUAAUGGUGUGAAAACCUGUCCGGGUGAAAGUGUGACAGAGGCUGUGGCAAACCAUGUAAAAUAUUUAAAGAUCAGAAUGUGUCAGGAAGCUGUCUGGGAAGCCUUCAGGACAUUUUGGGAUCGACUUCCUGGGCGUGAGGAAUAUCGUUACUGGAUGAAUUUGUGUGAGGAUGGAAUCACAACUAUAUUUGACAUGGGCACAAAUUUUAGUCAGUCUGUGGAACAUAAAAGUUUAAUUAUGAAGAAACUGACAUAUACAAAGGAAACUGCCAGCAGCCCUGAAUUGUCAUCUCUGUUUCCUGUUGGUGAUACCUCAACAUCAGGAGGUGCUAUUCUCAGUGUUCCAUAUCCAGGGGUGACCUAUGAAGGUACCUCAGAGAACAUCAAGGAGAGGCCUGAGGAGAGUAUUAGCAAUGAAAUUGAGAAUGUGAUAGAAGAAUCCACAAAACCAGCAACUGAGCAGAUUGCAGAAUUCAGUAUCCACCUUUUGGGAGAGCAAUACAGGGAAGAACUACAGGAUCCCUCCAACUUCCACCACCAGCACCUUGUAGAAGAGUUUAUUUCAGAGGUUGAAAAUGCAUUUACUGGCUUACCAGGCUAUAAGGACAUUCGUGUGCUUGAUUUUAGGUCCCCCAAGGAAAAUGGCAGUGGCAUAGAUGUUCAUUAUGCAGUUACCUUCAAUGGUGAGGCCAUCGGCAAUACCACCUGGGACCUAAUUAGCCUUCAUUCCAACAAGGUGGAAAACCAUGGUCUUGUGGAACUGGAUGAUAAGCCCACUGCUGUUUAUGCAAUUAGUAACUUCAGAGAUUAUAUUGCUGAGACACUACAUCAGAAUUUUUUGUUGGGGAACUCCUCUUUGAAUCCAGAUCCUGACUCCCUUCAACUUAUCAAUGUGAGAGGAGUUUUACUUUCUGAAACUGAAGACCUAAUUUGGAGCACCCAAAGUUCAAGUCUUCAGUCAACCCCACCAUCCAUUCUGGAUAAUACCCUUCAAGCUGAAUGGCCCUCAGCAGAUGAAUCUACCACCAGCAGUAUUUCACCACUUGAUUUCAGCUCUGGUCCUCCCUCAACCACUGGCAGGGAACUCUGGUCAGAAAGCCCUUUGGGUGAUUUAGUGUCUACACUCAAAUUAGCCUUUCCCUCGAAGGUGGGCCUCAGUUCUUCCCCAGAGGUUUUAGACGUUAGCAGCUUGACUCUUCAUUCUGUCACCCCAGCAGUGCUUCAGACUGGCUUGCCUGUGGUUUCUAAGGAAAGGACUUCUGGAUCUCACAUACUAGAAGAUGGAUUAAUCAAAGUUGAAGGGUCAGAAGAUUUUCUUUCUGUUCAUCAAUUGCCUUCAAGUCCAUUCACUCACCUGGUGCCAAAGGAAACAAUACCAUCUGUGGAAGACUCUGGAGUGUCUUUGACAUCCUCACCAUAUCUGACCUCCUCUGUCACUGUAGAUCUUCUUGCUAAAGAAGUAACUAUCCCUUCUGGCUUGGACUCUUUGGCCUCCAAAGUCAAAGACGAAUUAGAAGUGAGCACUUUGAUGCCAGACACAUCCAUAGAAAAAGAGUUUAUAUUUGAGAGUGGUUUAGGUUCAGGGUCUGGGCAAAAGGUAGAUCAGAUUACUUGGCCAUGGAGUGAGACUUCAUUAGAGAAGAGUUCUGAACCACUGUCUAAGUCAUGGCUUGAAGAUCAGGAGUCACUUUUGCCAACUGAGGGUAUAGAUGAGAAAUUAGUUAUAGAUGACAAAAUAGAUUCUACAGGGCAAAGUAUUGACUAUUUAAAAUAUGGGCAUUUUGAUAGAUCCACAAAGUUUGCAGAGGAAGAGCUCAUUGGUGGACCUACUAUGCCCAUCUUUGCAGAGACCACAACUCAAUCUGCAUCUCUAAUUCUCUCCAAGCAAAUAUCAGAGGUACCUGACAUAGAUUAUUACUCAAUUACCAAUGCACCUCUUCUACUGACAUCUAUAGCAAUCUCUGCUUCUACUGAUAAACCAGAGCUACCAUUUCUAAAGGAGGAUAUGGAACAAACUACAGAAUCAUCCAACCACGAAUGGUUUGACAAUGAGGUUUCAGUAACGAAGCCAGAUAUGCAACAUUUGGGGACCAUAUUGCCAGAAUCAGAUGUACUUUGGGCAGGAACUUCUUCCCUAGGGAAAUUGUCUAGAGACACAUUGGCAAGUACACCACAGACUACUGACAAGCUCUGGCUGAAAUCUUCCAUGACACAGUCUACCAAAGUGUCUCCAACCACAAGCUCCACCCUGCUAGAGGAUGAAGUAAUUAUGGGUGUUCAGGAUAUUUCAUUAGAACUGGACUGGAUAGGCACAGAUUACAAUCAGCCUGGGCUAAUCCCGGAGGAAAAUGGCAAGGUUGGUAGUUAUGUGGAAAUGUCUACAAAUGUUCACUCCACAGAGAGGGCUAUUGUGGUGCAGCCCACGGAAGGACAUGACUUGAAUCAUACCCAGACUGCAGGAGCUUUGUUGGUUUUCUUCAGCCUCCGAGUGACAAACAUGAUGUUUUCAGAAGAUCUGUUUAAUAAAAACUCUUUGGAAUAUAAAGCACUGGAGCAAAGAUUUUUAGAACUGCUGGUUCCCUAUCUCCAGUCAAAUCUCACAGGGUUCCAGAAUUUAGAAAUCCUGAACUUUAGAAAUGGCAGUAUUGUGGUAAACAGCCGAAUGAAGUUCGUGAAGUCUGUCCCUCCUAAUGUCAACAAUGCUGUAUACAUGAUUCUGGAAGACUUUUGCACCACUGCCUACCAGACCAUGAACUUGGCUAUUGAUAAAUACUCCCUUGAUGUGGAAUCAGGUGAUCAAGCCAACCCUUGCAAGUUUCAGGCAUGCAAUGAAUUUUCUGAGUGUUUAGUCAACCCUUGGAGUGGAGAAGCAGAGUGCAGAUGCUACCCUGGGUACUCGAGUGUGGAAGAACUACCCUGUCAGAGUCUCUGUGACCUACAGCCUGACUUCUGCUUGAAUGAUGGAAAGUGUGACAUUAUGCCUGGACAUGGGGCCAUUUGUAGAUGCCGGGUGGGUGAGAACUGGUGGUACCGAGGUGAACACUGUGAGGAGUUUGUGUCUGAGCCCUUGGUCAUAGGCAUCACCAUUGCCUCCGUGGUUGGACUUGUGCUUGUCUCUUCGGCUCUUGUCUUCUUCUUUGUCAGGACUCUUCAGGCUCAUUAUGUUAGGAGAGAAACAGAGAGCAUCUGAAGAACCUGAACCAACCAUACUUUUUUUUGUGACUCCAGCAGGCAGCCCGACAGCCUUGCAUCCAUUGAAAAUGCUAUUAAAUACAAUCCUGUGUAUGAAAGCCACGUGGCCGGACCCAAGCAGCCUGAGAAACCCUAUCCUCAGCACCCCUUCUCUAGUUCUGCAGGUGGAGAGAUGAUUGGUGGUCUGAGCAGAGAAGAAAUCAGGCAAAUGUAUGAGAACAGUGAGCUUUCCAGUGAGGAAAUUCAAGAAAGAAUGAGAAUAUUGGAACUGUAUGCCAGUGAUCCUGAGUUUGUAGCUCUUGUGAGAGAACAUCAAAUGGAAGAACUUUAAUCAAAACUUGUAUUUUGAAACUGACCAGAAGCCUAAAGAAGAUGGAGAUCACUUCCUACCUAUGUCAUAUAAUUAACCUGGAUUACGAACUCUGUUGGAAGAAGAAUUUUCACUUAAAAAAUUAAGUUUGGGGACCAAAUUUUUUUUCUAGCUUAAACUUCAGAAUGUAGUAAGAGAUGUGACAGUUUUUAUACCUACAAAGUCCAAAAGCUGUAUUUAAAGAAACUGAAAACUGUAUGAGUUCUGGAAAGUAUUCUACAAGGAAAAAAUGGCCUGGGAGUUCAGGCUGCAUUUGCUGUCUGCUUCUGAAUCUCUGAAGGUGUGUCUGAGUAACUGUGGCUCAGGUUUUCCUGGAGGAAGAUAAGGUGAGAUUCUUACAGGAGAAGGCAGGUUUAGUAAGUGAGUAUUUUGUAGCAUGUUUGGUAUUGUUAGGUGGAAUGAGAGACCUUUGAAGUAGUUUUAAUAGAGUUUGUAGUCAGACACUCAUCUAAAUAAAAAAUAUUGUUUUUUUGGCAAUUAGACUGCUGAAGAAAAAAACACCUUUUGCUGUAGUAUAGAGUUAAGCUUGUCAUUUUUCUACCAGAGUUUUGAAUUUCCUGGGCAUGUGAAUCAAGGCCACAUUUUUGUUAACUAUGUCAGUAUCCUUUUUUUCAGUUGUCAAGGACAAUACAUAUGUAUAAUGUUUAAUGGGUUCCUGUUAGACUGCUGAUGAAUUUAAUCAUGUAGACAGGGAGGGAGUGGGCAUUGGGUCAAGGCCCGGGCACUGAGAAUACACUUUGCCAAUUGGUGGGUGGACUGAGUCCAGCUAAUGGGCUCCCUACUCUUUGUCUGCUUUUUCAUGUUGUCCUAGGCAAGUCCUGGAUCUUCUCUAGUUCCUGGUAUAUUAAUUUGGAAAGCAGCACCAACUACCUCACAUAGUAUAGGUUAGCUUGUUUACAUUGCUUCUCCAUUAUGUAGUAGCUCGUGUCUAAAUUCAUUCCUGCUUCCAUGAAACAUGACAGGACUUUUAUUGCAAUUAAAAAUUUUUAAAAAUUAGGUAGGAAAUGUCCACAUAUUAUAUAAAUCUUAGUUGAAAAUGGAAGUUUUCCUCUUUCUCUCUAGUAUGUUUUCGAAUGGGUAGCUUUGGAGGGGGCAAGGAGAGG